CUGGGCCAAGCUGGGAGGGUCCUGCCUACCAGCCUCCGCGCGCGUCUCCCGGGUUAGCUGCGGCUCCGCCACGAUGGCUCUGCGCGCGGCCGUGUUCGACCUUGACGGGGUGCUGGCGCUGCCCGCGGUCGUCGGCGUCCUCGGCCACACGGAGGAGGCCCUGGCGCUGCCCAGAGGCCUUCUGAGUGACGCUUUCCAGAAAGGCGGCCUGGAGGGUGCCACUACUCGCCUCAUGAGAGGAGAGAUCACGUUAUCCCAGUGGAUACCACUCAUGGAAGAAAACUGCAGGAAGUGCUCCGAGACCUCUGGAAUCUCCCUCCCUGAGAAUUUCUCUGUAAAUCAAAUCUUUGGCAAGGCAAUUUCAGCCAGAAAGAUCAACCGCCCCAUGCUCCAGGCAGCUCUCACGCUCAGGAAGAAAGGAUUCACAACCGCCAUCCUCACCAACACCUGGCUGGACGACCGUGCUGAGAGAGACGGCUUGGCCCGGCUGAUGUGUGAGCUGAAGACACACUUUGACUUCCUGAUAGAGUCCUGUCAGGUGGGAAUGGUCAAACCUGAACCUCAGAUCUACAAGUUUCUACUGGACAUCCUGAAGACCAGCCCUAGUGAGGUCGUUUUCUUGGAUGACAUUGGGGCUAAUCUGAAGCCAGCCCGUGACUUGGGAAUGAUCACCAUCCUGGUCAAGGACACUGACACGGCCCUGAGGGAACUGGAGAAAGUGACCAGAACUCAGCUUCUCAAUACCCUGGUGCCUCUGCUGACCUCUUGCAAUCCAAGUGACGUGAGCCACGGGUACGUGACAAUAAAGCCUGGGGUCCAUCUGCAUUUUGUGGAGCUGGGCUCUGGCCCUGCUGUGUGCCUCUGCCAUGGAUUUCCUGAGAGCUGGUAUUCUUGGAGGUACCAGAUCCCUGCUCUGGCCCAGGCGGGUUACCGGGUCCUAGCUCUGGACAUGAAAGGCUAUGGAGAGUCGUCUGCUCCUCACGAAAUAGAAGAAUAUUGCAUGGAAGUGUUAUGUAAGGAGAUGGUAACCUUCCUGGAUAAGUUGGGCCUCUCUCAAGCAGUGUUCAUUGGCCAUGACUGGGGAGGCAUGCUGGUGUGGUACAUGGCUCUCUUCCACCCCGAGAGAGUGAGGGCAGUGGCCAGUUUGAAUACUCCCUUCAUACCGGCAAAUCCCAAUGUGCACCCCAUGGAGAGUAUCAAAGCCAUCCCGGUGUUUGAUUACCAGCUCUACUUCCAAGAACCGGGAGUGGCUGAGGCUGAACUGGAACAGAACCUGAGUCGGACUUUCAAACUCUUCUUCAGAGCGAGCAAUGAGACUGUUUUAUCAGUGCAUAAUGUCCGUGAAAUGGGAGGACUUUUUGUAAGGAGCCCGGAAGAGCCCAGCCUCAGCAGGAUGGUCACCGAGGAGGAAAUCCAGUUCUAUGUGCAGCAGUUCAAGAAGUCUGGGUUCAGAGGUCCUCUAAACUGGUACCGAAACAUGGAAAGGAACUGGAAGUGGGCCUGCAAAAGUUUGGGACGGAAGAUCCUGAUUCCAGCCCUGAUGGUCACAGCGGAGAAAGACUUCGUGCUCACUCCUCAGAUGUCCAAGCACAUGGAGGACUGGAUCCCCCACCUGAAAAGAGGACACAUUGAGGACUGUGGGCACUGGACACAGAUGGACAAGCCCACUGAGGUGAAUCAGAUCCUCAUUGAGUGGCUGGAGUCUGAUGCCCGGAACCCACUGGUGGCCUCGAAGAUAUAGCACCCAGCAUGUGCCCACACCCAGCAGGCUGGAGUGCAAUGGCGCAAUCCUGGCUCACUGCAAUCUCCACCUCCUGGGUUCAAGUGAUUCUUCCGCCACAGCCUCGCAAGUAGCUGGGAUUACAGGUAUGUGCCACCACACCUGGUUAAUUUUGUAUUUUUAGUAGAGAUGGGGUUUCUCAGUGUUAGGCUGGUCUUGAACUCCUGGCCUUGGGUGAUCCAUACGUAUUGGCCUCCCAAAGUGCUGGGAUUACAGGCGUGAGCAACUGCGCCGGCCCUACACACUUUUGUAAACAACCAGAUCUCGUGAGGAUUCACCAUCAUGAGAACAGCAAGGGGGAAAUUCACCCCCAUGAUCCAGUCACCGCCCACCAGGCCCCUCCUCCAACAUUGUGGAUUAUAAUUUCAUGUGAGAUUUGGGUGGGGACACAAAUCCAAACCAUAUCAAGGGCCACAAAGGACAGUGCACUGGAAGAGGUCUUUAGGUUUUUCAAAAAGGUACUGGAAUGUCCAGGGCUAUGUUUCCUGUCUGCUUUGGGGACCUUCUGGCCACAUGUCAUCUGCUGCAGUGGUGGUAUCAGAGGAGUCACUGGAGCAAGCAGGGAAGAUUUUCAGUUGCCAUUUUAAGUACAAAUGGCAAGGAGUGUGUUCAAAAUGAUUUAAGUAUUAAACACUAUAUUUUGGGAUUGAAUUUAAUUUUUUUAAUUGACAUACUAGUUGUAUAUAUUCAUGACGUGAUGUUUUGAUACAUAUAAUGUGUAGUAAUCAGAUCAGGGUAAUUACACCUGUCACCUUAAACAUUUAUCAUUUGUGUGUGUGUUGAGGACAUUUAAUAAUCUCCUUCUGGCUAUCUGAAAUUACGUAUUACUGUUCACUCUCACCAUCGCUCAGUGCUAUGCAACGCUAGGACUUACUCCUCCCAUCUACCGGGUAUUCAGCAUUUCUUAACAAAUCUUUCUAUCCCUGACCCCUUCCUCCGAUUCUUCCCAAACUCCUAUUUUCUGUUCCACUUUUUACUUCUAGGAAAUGAACUUUUUUUAGCUUCUGCAUAUGACUGAGAACACGUGGUGUUUCACUUUCUGUUCCUGGCUUAUUUCACUUCACAGAAUGCUCUCCAUUUCCAUCCAUGUUGCUUCCAGAGAAGAUUUCAUUCUUUUUUGUGUGUGUGGCUGAAUAGUAAAAAAAUGUUAUUUUUAUGUCGUGAUUACAAGGGAAAUACAUUACAAGUGUAUUCACCUCUGCUAAAAGAAAUCGGCAUUUUAAAAAGAGGCCUGGCAGUCUUCAUAUUCUCCCUCACACCCACCCGUGGUGGGUUGCACUGCUCUCCGGAGGGAGCUGAGAUCACUCAUUCUGUCAAGGAAGGACCACUCAGUGGCUGUCAGUCAGCAGCAUCCAGGGUUUCCAGGAGACCCAUCUUCUAAAAAGUGAGUGAGUCUAACAGACUAGACAGGACAAAAAGCUAUUUCUGUCUCUCUUGGGGCACAGGGAACCCAUGGUUUAGACCUUGGCAUGACUGUCGGCCCAUUUCCACCCUGUUCACGGCCACAUUACCAUCAACACAAAUUAAAAGCAAACAAUGGUUAAAAUAUCCAGGUCAGAGGCUCAAAGGGUUUUUCCAACAGGAAUUGAGCAACAAAUAUUACGCCUCACUGUUCAAAGGAAUCCAUCUGGUCACAAAUGAUAAAAUACUUCAUUGCCUGAGCAGUUGUAGAGUGUAACUCCUCCACCCAAAUGUGUCCUUGGCUGUCUCCCUGUUAGACUGUGAGGGCCCUGAGAUUGGAGGCUGCCUAUCUGAGUGAUUCAUCCUCGAACCCAACCCAGCACGGGCCUGGCAUAUUGAAAAUGCUCAUUAGAUGUUUGCUGAAUACAUUGGAGACUAAAGGCAUAAAUGGAUGAAUGGACAAAUGCAUUAGUUUCAAGUUAAAAUUAAAAUUUGGCCGGGUGCGGUGGCUCACAUCUGUAACUCCAGCACUUUGGGAGGCUGAGGCAGGCCGAGCACCUGAGGUCAAGGGUUUGAGACCAGCCCAGCCAACAUAGCAAAACCCUGUCUCUACUAAAAAUAAGAAAAUUAGCGGGGUGUGGUGGUGGUCGCCUUUAAUCCCAGCUACUCAGGAGGCUGAGGCAGGAGAAUUGCUUGAGCCCAGAGGCGAAGGUUGCAGUGAACUGACAUCACACCAUUGCACUCCAGCCUAGGCAACAAGAGGGAAAUUCUGCCUCAAUAAAUAAAUAAAUAAAUAACCAUGUAACUGUU